GUUCUGAGUCUGCGCAGUUGGGUGGGGGGAGGGAAGGGGACAGUAAACACACACAGACCCAGGAGGAGGAGGCUGUCAUGUCGUACGUGUUUAUUAACGAUUCCUGCCAGACCGGGGUGCCGCUGCUGCAGGCCUGCAUCGACGGGGACCUGGCGUACGCCAAGCGGCUGCUGGAGAGCGGCUUCGACUCGAACAUCCGCGACGGCCGAGGCCGCACCGGCCUUCAUGUGGCCGCCGCCCGCGGCAACGUCGACAUCUGCCGCCUGCUGCACAAGUUCGGGGCGGACCUGCUGGCCACCGACAACCAGGGCAACACCGCCCUGCACCUCUGCGGGCAUGUGGACUCCAUCCAGUUCCUGGUGUCCAACGGCCUCAAAAUUGACAUCUGCAACCAUCAUGGCGCCACCCCACUCAUUUUGGCAAAACGUCGAGGAGUAAACAAAGAUGCCAUCAAGUUGCUGGAGUCCUUGGAGGAGCAAGAGGUGAAAGGAUUCAACCGUGGAGCUCACUCGAAAUUAGAGAUUAUGCAAACUGCAGAAAGUGAGAGCAAGCAGGAGGCUCAGAACAGUACCAUCAGAGGCUGGGAAACAGACCAUCAGCCCCUCAGUGCGAUGGAGAGCCACUCGCUCUUGAAUCCAAACCUUCAGAAUACGGAUGGUGUCCUUUCUAGCUUCCGAUCCACCUGGCAGGAGUUUGUGGAUGAUUUGGGCUUCUGGAGAGUUCUACUACUCAUUAUCAUAAUUGCACUGUUGUCUCUUGGCAUUGCCUACUAUGUCAGUGGUGUCCUGCCCUUUGUAGAAAACCAGCCAGAACUGGUGCAUUAAAACCUCAACACUACCCAAUGUUACUAAAUACGAGUCUGAUCCAUAUUGUCUGUAUUAGAAGACGAGAACGCUGGCAGACUUUGGUAGUUGGCAUUCCAGUUAUGAGAGCUUGUUUGCUACCAAAACUCAACGCUCCUAAUCUUGGCAUCUGUUUUCAUUUUUCAGGCUUAAAUUUUGGUUUUCUCUUUUUGAUUCCAGCCAGUAAAAUGAAUAGUUUUGAGAAUAUCACACUAAUAAAGUCAGGAUGUGGAUUUAAGCCUAGUAGUGAAAAGUAAUCUGAAGAUAGAACUUCAUACUGGGCUUAAGUUGUUAGAUGCAUAUUUUUGCCAUUAAUUGAAAUCCUUAUUUGUGUUGUGUACAGGCAAAAAUAUCUGUUGAAAUGUGUUUUGUUGUCUAGGCCACAGGUCCAUUCUUUAAGAAACUAUAGCAAAUCACAUUCCUGAUGUGUAAAAGUUGAAUAACUUAGAAAUAAGGCUUCAUGUUUUAAGAUUAAUAUUGAUCAUAAUGAAGGAAUGAAAUGAACAUAGACAUAAAUAACUGAAAUAUUUUGAAAGGGGUUCAGAAAAAUGUACAAGUCUUGAUCCACAUCUUGUUUUGUGACUUCAAAUGUUUCUCAGUACCGUCCAGAAAAAAAAACAUGUAGAACACACAUUUAUGCACUUUUACUUGUAAUGAAAUCAAUUUUACAUGUAUUCAUGGCAAUUGUUAUAAGUAUAAUGCAGUAAAUACUAAUUACAUAAACUGCAUGCUCUUGUAUUAUUUAAAGAAGUAUGUAACCUUUGCAUUGAUCUUCCAUAAGUAUAUAUUAGAAGUAGUGAACUCCAAAGAAAUGAGACUCCACAGACAUUAAUUAUGUGUCAGAGUUUGUCAGCAUUUAAUGAUUGGUACAUUUUAAACGGUUGUGUCUGUGGCCAGUGUCUUUUGUUGCAGCUGUCUACUGCCACACUUGAAGCUGUUUGUGGCUAGUGGGCACCGAGGGACUGAAGUGCAAAUUUUCCAAAUGCAAAACAACAUUUCAUUUAAUUCCCUGGCAUUCUUUAAAGUUACUCCUAAGUACCCCCAGUGGGCUGUCGUCUUUUUAUUUUUGUUUAGUUAAAUUUUGUUUUUUUUUUAGCAAAAGAGUACAAGAGACUUGAAGUGACUUUUCACGGCAUUCAUUACUCAGGCAAGAUGGCGUUUUGGCAAAGCUAACUUGAAUAGCAACUAUUAAAUGUGUACCGUUGCAUAUCUGUAUCUCGCCUGAAGUUGCUGUACAAUUUCUUUAUAAAUGUCGAAGUGUG